AGGAGAGAGAUCUGAGCUAUUGUGAGCUAUUCCCAGUCCAGCCGGUCAAUGUUUAGCAUCUCUGCGCAGAGCAAAGCAGCCACUCUCAACCUUAAUCACAAGGCAACUACCCAAGGGCAGCUCUUCAGCCCUUUUUGCAUUGUUUUCUUGUCUUCUACCUCUUGGGCUGGUCGGAUGUGUUCUCAAAUCAUCUCUCUAACCAAGGAUGGGCACAGCUGUGUCAAAGAGGAAGACACUAAGGAAUGACACUAUCUCCAAUGUAGCAGCUAAAGUUAGAGCAGCACGAGCUUUCAGUGAAUAUCUCUCACAGACACAUCCCGAUAGUCGAAACGGAUCAGACCAUCUUCUUGUUCAGGAAGACUCCCCUGAAAUGCUGCAAGCUUCCCAGAACAAGCGCCGUCUCUCUUCGAUCUCAGACAGCAAGCUAGAAAGGAGCUUCUCAGAGGAACGUGGUGAGAAACUCCCCAGUGAAGGUUCUAAACCUCGUGUCUAUACCAUCUCUGGAGAGAGACCCAUGCUUUCUGACCACGAGAGUGACAGUAUGGAGCUGGUGGUGAUAAAAGCUGAGAACGAAGAGAGGCUUCACCACCAUCACCAACCUCUGCAGAACUCAGGCAGCGCACACAACAUCACAAGGCCUUCAAAAAGCUGGUCAGGAAGUCGACAAAACUCCAAGGAGUGCCCCAAUUGUGCCCGGCUCACUGUGCCAACACAGCAUUCUUUUGAUUUGGAGCAACAUCAAGCGAAUGAGUCUGGCUGGCGACGAAAAAAGCUGGAACGCAUGUACAGUAUAGAUAAAGUUUCUGAUGAUGUGCCUAUCAGAACAUGGUUCCCUAAAGAAAACCUUUUUACCUUUCAGACUGCCACUACAACUAUGCAAGCUAUCUCGGCCUUUCGAGGCUAUGCCGAGAGAAAGAGAAGAAAACGAGAAAAUGAUUCGGCAGCUGUUAUACAGAGAAAUUUUCGCAAACAUUUACGUAUGGUUGGGAGCCGAAGAAUGAAGGCGCAAACUUUUGCUGACCGCAGGGAAAGGAGCUUCAGCCGGUCCUGGAGUGAUCCUACCCCAGUGAAGGCGGAUUCAAUUCAUGAUUCUCGAGAAAGCCAUGACCUUCAAAGUUCCUGCACUGCCCUAAAUGAGGAAUGUGAGGAUCUUAACUGGGAUGCAGAGCGCGAGAUGGAAAUUAUGGCAUGCGAGGGGGAAGAUUUUAUUCCCCCAAAGAUAAUGCUGAUAUCAUCCAAAGUACCUAAAGCUGAAUACAUUCCAACCAUCAUCCGGAGAGAUGACCCGUCUAUUAUUCCAAUUCUUUAUGAUCAUGAACAUGCGGCAUUUGAUGACAUAUUAGAGGAAAUUGAGAAAAAACUCAAUAUAUAUCGGAAAGGAUGUAAGAUCUGGGAAAUGCUUAUUUUUUGUCAGGGAGGGCCGGGAUACCUGUAUCUGUUAAAAAACAAAGUUGCUACUUUUGCCAAAGUAGAGAAAGAAGAAGAUCUUAUUUUAUUUUGGAGGCGGUUGAGUAAAUUAAUGAGCAAGAUAAACCCACUACCCAACGUCAUUCACAUCCUUGGAUGUUAUGUGCUUGGCAAUCCAAAUGGUGAAAAGCUUUUUCAGAACCUGAAGAAUCUGAUGAGUCCACAUAAGAUAGAAUUUAAGUCUCCACUCGAGCUUUCUGCACAAGGAAAGCAACUGAUAGAAUCCUACUUUGAUUUCCGACUUUACCGCCUAUGGAAGACCCGCCAGCAUUCCAAGCUGUUGGACUAUGAUGAUAUCUUAUGAGUCAACAAAGUGUCCUCUUAAAAGGAGGAGAUGGUAUCAUGAUAAAUUUUGGAAGUACUUUUUUGCUGCUUGCUGGGGCAUGAAGGGUCCACUCGGAUUAUUUAGAAUGGAGGAAGACGCACCAGACAAGAAGAUGCAAGAAGACGAAAGCUCAAUUGGGAUGUGUCCCAUGUUGACCUUGAUGAAAAAGUUGCUGAAAGGCUCACAGCUUCUGUGCCAGAAGCCAGAGAGUAGCGGGAGAGGAAGUAUCUAUAAUUCUGAGCUUCAUCACUUCAGGGCAAAAACCGGACUCUAAUUAAGGAGGUCCAUUUAAGACUUUUAAGCUCAGGUUUUCUUAGAACAAUAAAGUUACUAUUUCUUGCACUAUAGAGCAAGGACUCCAAUUAGCCUUUACAACCACUAUUAACUUUUUAUUUGUAGCAAAUCCAGGUGUUUUUCUUUUUAAAUCUUACUGCACACGAUGAAGGAAGAAUAACGAAGAAAAAAAAACUCAACCCUAGCGCCUCAUAUUAUAAUCAGCCUAUCUUUAGUAAGGCUAAAUGUGAGUAGGAUAUUGGUGUGCUAUACUUAAAUCUAAUCUCUAUAAAUGUGAGUAUAAAUCUUAUUAGGGGUUUAGAAACUCUGUGGGUUGAUUUAGUAUAUAAGUGCAAUUUUCUAAAGUGCAAAUAGAAUAUCUAAUUGUUUAACAUAUUAAAUUGCAAACACUCUUCAGCUGUUUUGCACAUUUAAUAUGUCUGUUGGGCACAACAUAACACCAUUGUGGCAUCUUCCAUAGACGUAUAUUCACCAGCAAUAUAUAGUUUUCCAAACCCUCUACAAGAGGGUCUAUAAUGUUAUUAGAUGUUGCACCAUAUGUUCCACCAUAUAGUUCCUUCCUAGUACAAACUUAGACUGUACAGCAUUUAUCUAUAUUUUCAUUGCAGUUUAUUGAUGUUGAUUAUGGUUAUGUGACUGUAGUGGGAUUUGACAUACAUAAAUAGUAUAUAUAGAAAGCCGUAAGUGAUAUGUAUCUAUAUACAAAAUGAGUUUAAAGGUGUCAAGCCAUAGCAGUGGCAUGUUCCUAAAGGAACGCCAUAUUUUCUCUUAGCAUAUGCCUGAGCUCAGGUUUGAUAGAUAUGUAGUUUAUUUGGCGAAUCUUGACAUUAAGUCAAAGCCUGCAAGGUCACACUUUCCUAAUAUGAGGAGUUUGUUUUUAUUAAGGACUGUCAGGCUAUGUCGUGUUCGGAUUCACCUUUGAGUCGUGGCAAAUAACGCAGGGUCACAGUUGGCCAUCUUCAGCCUUUUUUAUAAAAAAUAAUUAGCUGCUCUGCUUUCUGAGCACACUAGGUUCUUUUUUAGGAUCCAGGUCAUUUUGGCUCUUGCGUUAUUUCCUAAUAUCUUGGUAUCUUUUAUAAUCUGUGUGUGUAUGUGUGCUUGUUACCAAAGGUUUGCACUAAUGUUUCUCUUUUAUCUCUUGUUAUAGCAUUUUAAAGUAUAUGCAGAUGAUUUGCUUAAGAAAGGGACCUGUACGCUAAUUGUUGCUUGCUUUUAGGACAUAUCAAAGCAUGCUGAAUUAAACUAAUUCUAGAAAAUUUCCGAAGUGGCAAUUCUAAUCAUCCUUCAAGCUCAAUUUGCAUUUUUUUUCUGAUAAUCCAAUUUUAGGACAAAUGUUACAAAAUAACUCACUAUAAAAUUGAAUUGUGUAGCAAUAAAAAUAUUCGUCCAUACACUGCACAAACAUCUUAACGUAUAAUUCAUGGUAUAGCAUUAUAUUUCCCGUCAAUAAUAUAAAAAACUCAAAAAAGGCAUUUGCUGAUGCAGCCAUUUUUUAAAUAUAUAUCAUUUGGCCGGGGGGGCGGCUAAUUCUGCUAAUCAGCACAUAAGACUUUUUCAGAGGGACCCGAGUCACUUAAAUAGGAACAAUUGUUAGGUCUGCAUUUAAAAGAUGAUUCUUUAACUGUUAUAAACUGUGUUAAGCAGUUUAUGAAACAUACACAAGAAUAAUUCCCUCUACUGUAAAGGGCCAGUCUAGUGCAAUAGCAUGCUCUUAUUUGUUAGACCAAAUUCUCUUUGCUUAUCUGCAAAAGGGGUUAAACAUACAAUUAAACUUACAUUUAAGUGGAACAAUGCAUUGCCGAUGUAGAGCAGGACGCAGCCAGUUAUCGAAUCAGGAUAUAGCAUAUACAUAUAAACACCAAUCCCCAGCCAUGUGUUUCACAUGAUUAGCACUGGAGAAUGAUUGGUUGGCAGGGAGAAUUUAUUUAAUAAUAAAAUGAUGUAACCAAAUAAUGCACUUUAUUAUUACAUGUCUAUGUCCCUUUAAUUUUAGUAGCUUAUCUAAUACCUUUAGUCAUGUGUGUUGCUCAGAUGAAAUGACCAACUAGGAGAUUUCAACCACAUAACUGAGUAAAACUGGCCUGGCAUACAUCAAUAUCUGUAUUUUUUAACCUCUUCAUGCAUUUUCAUAGAGUAAAGUGUGUUGCUAUUGCUAACAUGCAGUAUGUCUUUAAAAUUACAUUUAAAAGGACCAUUAAACUCAAAAUGGAAUAAUGUUCAAAAUGUUUCAUUAUUGAAAAUAAAAAAUGUUUGCCAUGGGCAUACUAGG